AUGCUGAGAUCAAAAUUUAUUGUUUAUUGUAUAGCUUUCCAGUCAUUAUGGGGUGCCACUUCCUACAUUGUUGGCAACAUAAUAGGUUCUGGUAUAUUUAUAACACCCACGACAAUUUUAAAUAAUGUUCACUCUGUUGGGGCUUCUUUGUUAAUUUGGAUUUUGGCUGGAAUUAUAGCUACUUUGGGCGCUUUGUGUUAUGUUGAAUUAGGGACGAGUAUUAGAAAAUCUGGCGGUGAUUUUGCUUAUUUGUGCCAUGUUAGAUGGACAGCGAUUGCUUUUUCUUUUAUGUCCUGUGCUUGUAUUUUUACUAAUCCGGGGACUAUGGCUAUACAGAUGGAGACAUUUUCUGAAUAUGUUAUUCAAGGACUUAAGUUAGAAUUUUGUAAUUCAUCAACACGUUUUAUUGUAAAUAAACUUAUAUCAUUCAGUCUUAUUCUACUCCUAUAUUUUCUCAAUUGUUUCUCAGUUCGAGCUGUUGUAGCUAGAUUCCAAAUGGUGGCUAUGGGAGCUAAAGUUAUUGCUAGCGGAAUUAUUGUUAUUUGUGGAAUUGUUGUUUGGUUAAGCUUAGGUGUCCAAUCUGAUAAUUUCAAAGAACCUUUUGCCCACAGUAAUUUUUACCCUGGCAGUGUUGCUUUGGCAUUAUUCUCCGGACUUUUUAGUUAUGAUGGAUGGGAUAUUUUAAAUUAUGGAGCUGAGGAUGUUAAAAAGCCUAGAAGAGUAAUGCCUUUUGCUAUAAUUGUUGGCAUGUCUACUUGCGCAGCACUUUAUAUAACAAUGAAUUUAUCUUACUUUGUUGUUUUAUCGGUCCCUGAAGUACAAUCUUCUAAUGCUACUUUUGCCGAAAAAACUUUGGGAAGUCAAUUUAAAUAUGCAAUGCCCUUCCUUGUCUGUAUUGUCCUUAUUGGUUCUUUAAAUGCAACUCUUUUUGGUGGAAGUCGCUAUCUUUGGGCAUCUGCACGUGAAAGGCAUUUUCCCUCCUUUAUUUCGUGCAUAAAUAGAGAACAUGACAGUCCUAGAGCUGCUCUUUUUGUUCAUGUUUGUUUGUUUACGUACUGUUAA